AUGUCUCAGUAUGCUUCCCGCUCAGAUUCUAAGGGAGCCUUGGACAGCAGCAGCCCGGAAGCCUACACAGAAGAUGACAAGACCGAGGAGGACAUGCCUGCCCCCAAUAACUAUCUGUGGCUCACCAUUGUCUCGUGUUUCUGCCCAGCGUACCCGAUCAACAUUGUGGCUUUAGUCUUCUCUGUCAUGUCUCUGAACAGCUACAAUGAUGGAGACUACGAAGGGGCCAGGAGGCUGGGGCGGAAUGCCAAGUGGGUGGCCAUCGCCUCUAUCAUCAUCGGCCUGGUCAUCAUCGGCGUUUCCUGUGCCGUGCACUUCUCCAGGAACCCCUGAGGAACCUCUCGGCUAGGAAGCAUGGCGGACGGUCCUCAUCUGCACACACCCCAAAGAAGUUUCUGAGGAAUGGAUCCUUGAUUUUUAGACUGUGAGAUCUUUUCCUCCAGGACUCUCCAGAGGCGGGUCCCUGGCAAAUAAACACCCACUAGUCCGGAACCGGAAAGUAGGAGCUCACAGCGGUGCAGACACACCCACCGAAGCCACUGGCAGAUGGAAAACAAAAUAGCGGC